AUAUUUAUUAACAAUGAAUGGCACGAAUCUACAAGUGGAAAGAAGUUCCCAACCUACAACCCUUCGACGUUGGAGAAAAUCUGUGACAUUGAGGAAGGAGACAAGCCUGAUGUGGAUAAUGCAGUAGAAGCAGCAAAGGCAGCAUUCCAGAGGGGAGCUCCCUGGAGACAGAUGGAUGCCCUAAGCAGAGGACGACUCCUGCACAAGCUGGCUGAUCUUCUUGAGCGUGACAGAGUCAUCCUGGCAACUCUGGAAACCAUGGACACAGGAAAACCUUUUCUCCAGGCUUAUUUCAUUGACCUGGAAGGUUGUAUAAAAACACUCCGAUACUACGCUGGAUGGGCUGAUAAAAUUCAGGGCAGAACUAUCCCAGUGGAUGAAAAUUUUGUCUGUUUCACCAGGCACGAGCCGAUGGGUGUCUGUGGAGCUAUAACUCCAUGGAACUUCCCGUUGCUGAUGCUGGUUUGGAAGAUGGCACCAGCACUGUGCUGUGGAAACACUUUGGUUAUUAAGCCAGCUGAGCAAACUCCUCUCACGUCACUCUACAUUGGCUCACUGAUCAAGGAGGUGGGUUUCCCUCCAGGUGUGGUGAACAUUGUGCCAGGCUACGGCCCCACAGCUGGGGCUGCAAUUUCAACCCAUCACAGCAUUGAUAAAAUUGCUUUUACUGGAUCAACAAAGGUUGGAAAACUGAUCAAGGAAGCUGCUUCUAAAAGCAACCUCAAAAGGGUGACAUUAGAGCUUGGAGGGAAGAACCCUUGCAUUGUGUGUGCAGAUGCAGACUUGGACUUGGCAGUGGAAUGUGCCCAUCAAGGCGUGUUCUUCAAUCAAGGGCAGUGCUGCACUGCUGCCUCACGAGUGUUUGUGGAGGAGCAGAUCUACCCGGAGUUCGUCCGGCGCAGUGUGGAGUAUGCCAAGAAGAGACUUGUUGGUGACCCUUUUGAUGCCAGAACUGAGCAAGGGCCUCAGAUUGAUCAAAAACAGUUUGAUAAAAUCCUGGAGCUGAUAGAAAGUGGGAAGAAAGAAGGGGCUAAGCUGGAGUGUGGGGGUCUUGCCAUUGAAGACAGAGGCCUGUUUAUAAAACCCACUGUGUUUUCAGAGGUCACUGACAACAUGCGUAUCGCCAAAGAAGAGAUUUUUGGGCCAGUUCAGCCAAUUAUGAAGUUCAAGAGCAUGGAAGAGGUGAUAAGAAGAGCCAACAGUACAGAGUAUGGCCUCACAGCUGCGGUGUUCACAAAGAACCUGGACAGGGCACUAACACUAGCUUCUGCAUUGCAAUCUGGAACUGUCUGGAUCAACUGUUACAAUGCACUCUAUGCACAGGCUCCUUUUGGUGGCUUUAAAAUGUCAGGCAAUGGCAGAGAACUCGGUGAAUAUGCUUUGGCAGAAUAUACCGAAGUGAAAACGGUCACCAUUAAACUCUCCCAGAAGAAUCCAUGAAAACAGAUGGCCUAAAAUGCUGACACUCUGAAUGUGACAUAUGGGGGACGUGUUCAGAGCAAGGGGGAGGGGAGGGGUAGGAAGGAAAA